AGACUGGUUGCCUGAUGACUUUAUUCCUUAAGAUGAAAAUUCAAAUCUUGGCUGAAAUAUCCACUGUAUCACCAUAUUGACUGUAUAGAGUUCUUGAAAGUUAUCUUUGCAGUGCAAGUUUUGAUUUAUUGACAUCACAAUGUCAGAGAUAAGAUUCAGCAAUCUCACUUGGGAUCACAUCAUGACACUGGAUCGCGUUUUAGAUGAAGUAAUCCCAAUUCAUGGAAGGGGCAAUUUCCCCACACUGGAGGUAAAACCAAAAGAUAUUGUUCAUGUUGUGAAAGAUCAACUCAUAAAGCAGGGCAUUACUGUUAAAGAUACUAGAUUGAAUGGCUCUACAGCAAGUUACAUACUCGCAAGCCAUAAUGGAAUCAGCUAUAAAGAUCUGGACAUUAUUUUUGGUGUUGAUCUACCAAGCGAUCAAGAAUUUCAGGUUGUUAAGGAUGCAGUUUUAGGCUGUCUACUUGACUUUUUGCCAAAAGGUGUUAAAAAAGAAAAGAUUACCCCAAAGACAAUGAAAGAGGCAUAUGUGCAGAAAAUGGUCAAAAUUUGCAAUAACCAUGAUCGCUGGAGUCUCAUCUCUCUUUCAAAUAACACUGGGAAGAAUGUAGAACUAAAAUUUGUGAAUUCACUCAGACGACAAUUUGAAUUUAGUGUAGAUUCUUUUCAAAUUCUUUUGGAUUCCAUGUUAGAUUUCUAUAGUGUCCCAAAUGCUAAGCUAACCAAAGAAUCUUGUCCUGUUGUUGUGGCUGAAAGUAUGUAUGGGGAUUUUCAGGAAGCAAUGAUACAUUUGAAAUACAAGCUCAUAUCUACCAGAAAACCUGAAGAGAUCAGAGGUGGUGGUCUUUUGAAAUACAGCAAUUUGUUGGUUCGUGACUUCAAACCCGCUUGUCAAACAGAAAUUAAGACUCUGGAACGUUAUAUGUGUUCUAGAUUUUUCAUUGAUUUUCCUGAUGUAACAGAACAGCAAAAGAAAAUUGAAUCAUACCUCCGCAACCAUUUCAUAGGUGAAGAAAAAAGCAAGUAUGACUACCUUAUGACUUUGCAUGGAAUUGUAAACCAAAGCACUGUCUGCCUCAUGGGUUAUGAAAGAAGGCAAACUCUUAACAUGAUCACUCUUUUGGCUUUGAAAGUACUUGGAGAACAGAAUGUAUUACCCAGUACAGAUAAUGUAACUUGCUUCUAUCAACCUGCUCCAUACCUUGUUGUUGAGGGAGGGUACCCAAGCUAUUAUGUAGCAUCUGGGCCACCACUUGUUUACUUCCAGCCAUGCCCUACAGUGCAGUUUCCAGUACAGAAUGGUAUGAUCUAAGAAGUACACAUAUCAGAAGCAUUGCUUAAGUACAUCUGAAAAGCAAUUUUCCAAAUUCUGUAAAAG